AUGCAAUCAAAUUACGCAGAUUUAUUUUUUUCACAUUUCUAACUUAUAGCUAAUUAAUCUCAACAAGGCAGAAAAAUUAUAGAAGAAAUUAUAGAUAGUUUUGAAGAAAGAGUGAAUAUUGAAGAAAAAUAUGCAAAAUCAUUAGAAAAAUUAGUGAAUAAUCUCUCAAAAAUUGAAGAUAAACAAUAGUAUAAUAUUAUAAGUAAUUAUUAGAAUGUUUAAAAUACCAAUAUAUUGUUUAAAAUGUCUAAGUACAAGUAGAUAACGUUAAGCAGAAGGAUUAUGUUAAUCAUUAAAAGAAGAUCUUAUUGUUCAAUUAAAAUAAUUGAUCUAAUAAUAAAAUACUUCAUCAAAAAAAUUGAUAGAUGAAGCUAAGAAAAUAGAAAAAGAGCAUCUAUUUCUUAAUUCUGAAUACAAAAGAGUAUAAUUAUAUAUAUAUUAAAAAUUAGUAUUUUUCAGAUUACAGACAAAAAAAGAGAGAAUAUGAAUAAAAUGCUACUGUAAUGGUUGUCUAUAAUCUUCUAUCAGAAUAUCCAGAUAAAAAAAGACUUAGCUAAAAUUAAAAAGUCUCUUAGGUAACCAAAGAAUCAUAAGAAAUGGAAUAAAGAUAUAAAUAAUCAGUUGCAGAUUAUAAUACAAAUUGUGAUACAGCAAAAGCUAGAAUUCAAUCAAUUCUAACUCAAAUGUAAGAAUAGGAAGAAAAAAGAAUUACAGUUUUCAAAGACACUCUUAUUAGAUAAAUUGUAUAUAUAAAAUAAUUAUAAAAUUAUAAUAGAUUUUUGAAGUCUCUCAUUCUAAAAAUGUUUAAUAUGAUUUAGAUAAAAUUAAUGAAAAAACAGAUGAGAUACAUCCAGAAGAAGAAGUUUAAAAAUUUGCCUAAUCUUAAAAAUUGGAUAAUCCUCCUCUUUUUGAAAAAACAGAAUUGAUAUAAUUGAAUUCUUUUAUUAGCAAUAGUUUAUAAAGAUUCUUUUCUAAAGAAUUUGAUGAAAUAUUAUAAUUGAAUAAUGAUUAAAAAGUUAAAUAAAUCAUUUCAUUAGUUGAAUAAGGUGGAAAUGUUUAAUAAGAAGAUUAAAAAUAAGAGAAUGCCUAUUAUGCUGCUUAAAUUGUAUAUGACUGUUGGAAAGAAGAAAAAGUUGAGAUUGAAAUAUUCAAUUAAUUUAAAAAAAAGAUUUAAGAUGAUUAUUAAUUAAGAAAAUUAGUCAUUAUUGCUUUAUAAAAUAAAAGAUCAACUUCAAAAUUUAGACUUGGACCUAUUGCAUUUUAAAAUGCUGUUAAUUUAUUUAAUUCAGUAUUAGAAAUAGUAUUCUAUAUUUUAUUUAUUUUAGUGUCUUGAUACAUUUGAUGCUGGAACAGCAAGAUAAUUAAUGAAUUUAUCAUUCACAUUUCAUAUGGAAAAUAUUGAAAAUGGUAAAUCAUAAUGUUAUUUUAUUUAAAAUGAUUUUUCUAAACUUUAAAUAUGGGAAAAUAGAGAUUUGUGGGAAACUAGUAUUAUUUAAUAAAUUUAUGAAUAAAUUAAAGAAUAAUAAUAAAGAUAAAAAUCUUUGACGUAUUUUUAAUUAUCUAUUAUUAGUAUAUUUGAUUAGAUUUAAACAGAAAAGAAUAUGAUCUUAACUAUCCUUACACAAAUGGCAUAAAAUAUGCUUCUUUUUAAUUUUAAAUUUGGAGCAAUUAAAGAUAUUAUGUAUAAAUUUAUGGCCUUUUUUGAAUUGAAUGAAGAAAUAUCUUCUGAUUUAUUUGUAAAAAUAACAUAUAUUCUUAAUGAUAGAAUGCAAUUGAAGGAUUUGAAAAAUAGAAAUAAUUGAAGGAUUAAUAAGAGAAAUAGACUUAAAUAUAAUAAUUAGAGUAAAAUUAGAUAACAGAUUAAGAAUAGUAGUAACCACCAUAAUAAUAAUAAUAAUAAUAAUAAAAUAUGAUGGGGAAAAUCAGUUCAUUUUUCUCACAAUUAAAUAAGGAUUGA